GUGUCUUGCUUCUCAUCAUCUUCCUUCAACCCCCAAAUCUCUCUCUUGGUCAACUCCCCUUAAAAGACGACGCCGUCCGUGAUUCUCACCUCUCUUUUCUCUCUCUGUAAACUCCAUGUAGCUGCAGUAAAUAAAAAUCUUUCAAACAAAAUUAUUGGGUUUGUGGAAAAAUACUACUUGUAUUCUUUACAGAUAAACCAUUCUUAGCUUCCACGAGAUGAUUACGGAUAAUAAGUUGCUAUCUUGGACUUUAGCUUAUCCUAUUCUGUUCUCUUUGCUUGUGUAUGUAUACAUGUGCAUAUAUAGGCCCUCAGUCGGUGCUUCUACUUUAACUUACUCAUAGUCUUUCAUUGUUCUCUUAUACUGUUUUCAAUUCAAUUCUUGUACUUGGAUGAUGGGUUUUGCUGUGCUUUUCUCCCUAGUUCACUGAACUUAGGAGGUCACUCUCUUCUGGGUUUUGCUCAGAUAGACACAUUGAGCUCAAAGUUGAAUUCUUUUAGAGUUUUCAAGAGAUUAUGCUUUCUUUGUUUUUGUUAAAGUUGAAUACUUGAUUGUUGGGAGUUGGAUUUGAACACAAUUUGGCUGUAAAGUUGUUGUCUUGGUACUUAAUUUGCCUGUUUCCAAAUCACAUUUGGGAAUUUGGGGUAUUGUUUUGAUGGAAAUGAAGGGUUUUGGGUCGAUUGAUAUGUCAUCUGUGUUUGUGAUUUUUCUGGUAUGUGUAUGUGUGUGUGGUUUGGCUGAGGGUAAGGAGUGUACAAACACUGUUCAUCCUGGGAUGGCAUCACAUACUUUACGGUUUGCGCUUUUAUCUUCCAAUAAUGAAAGUUUGAAGAAGGAGAUGUUCUCACACUACCACGUGACACCAAGUGAUGACAUUGCUUGGUUGAAUUUGCUCCCAAGAAAGAUAUUGAGGGAGGAAGAUGAAUAUGAGUGGUCAGUGCUGUACCGGAAGAUGAAAAACUCCGCUGGUGGUUCUGAGGCCCCCGGAGGUUUUCUCAAGGAAGUGUCAUUGCAUGAUGUGAGGUUGGAUCCAACUUCACAACAUGGGAAGGCACAGCAAACAAAUCUAGAGUACCUGUUGAUGUUGGAUUCGGAUAGUUUAGUUUGGAGCUUUCGAAAGACAGCUGGUUUAGAAACCCCUGGGGCACCAUAUGAUGCUGAAGGUUCGUGGGAGGCAUCGACUGGUGAACUGCGGGGUCAUUUUGUAGGGCAUUAUUUGAGUGCUUCAGCAAUGAUGUGGGCUAGCACUCAUAAUGAUACUCUCAAAGAGAAGAUGUCUGGGAUUGUGUCAAGUCUCUCUCUUUGUCAGAAGGAAAUUGGCAGUGGAUAUCUUUCGGCUUUUCCAACUGAGGAAUUUGAUCGCUUUGAAGCUAUUACACCUGUCUGGGCUCCUUAUUAUACCAUUCACAAGAUCUUGGCAGGCCUGUUUGAUCAGUAUACACUUGCUGGUAGUGAUCAAGCUUUUAAUAUGAUGAAAUGGAUGGUUGAUUACUUUUACAAACGUGUUCAGAAUGUGAUAUCGAAGUACAGUAUAGCACGCCAUUAUCUGUCACUCAAUGAAGAAACUGGUGGCAUGAAUGACAUUCUUUAUAAGUUAUAUGCUAUCACGGGAGAUACAAAGCAUUUAUUGUUGGCUCAUCUUUUUGACAAACCCUGCUUUCUAGGAGUGUUGGCAGUGCAGGCUGAUGACAUAUCUGGUUUUCACACCAACACGCAUAUUCCAGUUGUCAUUGGUGCUCAAAAGCGGUAUGAAGUCACUGGUGAUCCACUUUAUAAGGAAAUGGGGAUUUUCUUUAUGGACAUGGUUAACUCUUCUCACAGCUAUGCAACAGGAGGGACAUCAGUGAGCGAGUUUUGGUCAGACCCUAAAAGAUUGGCGGCCACUCUACAAUCAGAGAAUGAGGAAUCGUGCACAACUUAUAACAUGCUGAAGGUCUCUCGCAACCUGUUUAGGUGGACCAAAGAAACAGCAUAUGCGGAUUAUUACGAGCGAGCUCUAACGAAUGGUGUGCUAGGUAUCCAAAGAGGAACUGAGCCUGGAGUCAUGAUCUACAUGCUCCCACUAGGUCGUGGACAGUCCAAGGCCAAGAGUUAUCAUGGUUGGGGUUCACCAUUUGGCAAUUUCUGGUGUUGUUAUGGCACUGGGAUUGAAUCGUUCUCUAAGUUGGGAGAUUCCAUUUAUUUUGAAGAGGAAGGAGAAACUCCUGGUCUUUACAUUAUCCAGUAUAUAUCAAGCUUGCUUGAUUGGAAAUCUGGGCAAGUCGUACUUGAUCAGACAGUUGAUAACAUCAAUUCCUGGGAUCCUUACCUUAGAAUCACGUUAACAUUUUCUUCAACGAAGGGUACGGGAAAAUCAUCUACCUUGAACUUGCGAAUGCCAAUUUGGACUGAUUCAGAUGGUGCAAAGGCAGCAUUGAAUGGUCGAAGUCUGCAGCCAUCAGCUCCAGGUAGUUUCUUACCAAUCCCAAAUAAAUGGAGCCAUGGUGACACAGUAACUCUUCAGCUACCCCUUACUCUGAGAACAGAAGCUAUUAAAGAUGAUCGGACAGAGUAUGCUUCACUCCAAGCAAUUCUUUUUGGUCCAGUUCUGCUUGCGGCUCAUACUAGUGGUAACUGGGACCUCCAAACCAAGUCCAACUCCCUUUCAGACUGGAUAACUCCAAUCCCUUCCUCGUACAAUAACUAUUUGGUUUCUUUCUCCCAAGAGUACAAAAACUCUACUUUUGCCUUGGCCAAUUUAGACCAGUCGAUUGAACUAGACAACUUUCCAGAAGCAGGCACUGCUGCUGCUGUUCAUGCCACUUUCAGACUCAUUUUAGAUGACUUGUCAAUAAAAGUUCCCAAAGCGCAAGACGCUAUUGGUAAAUCAGUCAUGCUAGAACUGUUUGAUCUUCCUGGGAAGGUUCUUGGGCAUCAAGGGAAAGACAAGAACCUUGUGAUAGCAGAUUCUUCAAGUAGCAAGGACAACAUAGUUUUUCGCUUGGUUCCAGGUUUGGAUGGAAAGAAUGCAUCGACCUCCUUGGAGUCAGAAAGUGACAAUGGUUGCUUUGUGUAUAGCUCGGAGUUGGAGGUUAAUGCAGCCUUGAAGCUCGGUUGCAAUUCAGAAUCGUCAAACGAUGGAUUCAAACUGGCAGCCAGCUUUGUAAUGAAGAGUGGAAUAAGUCAGUAUCAUCCUAUUAGCUUUGUUGCCCAAGGGGAGCAUAGGAAUUUUCUUCUACAACCAUUGUCAAGCUUCAUGGAUGAAUUUUAUACUGUCUAUCUUAACAUUACAACUGUUUAAGUUCGAGCAUGAUUUUGGAGACUAGAGCUAAUGAAUUGGGAACAAAUUAUUUAUGGUGGCUACAGUCAUCAACUACCUUGAUUUCUUUGGCACUAUAUGGGGAUCAAUCUGAGUCUUUUUUUCCUGGCCUAUCUCAUUGAGGAGUCAAUCAAGUUCCUGAAUUAAAUGUUUACUUCUAUUACUAGUAGUAUUAUUCAUUUUGUAUAGAGAUAUUUUAAUCAAAUCCUAUCUGCUACAUUAAUUUUGAUUGUAGUCCCGCCACUUUUUUAUUGUUAAUUGCAGUCCAAUCA